CUCUUCUCUCCCACCUUCCUCUUCAAGAUUAAACAAGGCAUUGUGAAAAGGCUUCUAAGUUUCUGCAAGUAAACUUGGAGGAGGUCUGAGAUGUGUUUCCCUUUGAGGUGUUGCUGCUUCGUGAUCUUGCUGGUCCUGGCGACCAUUGCUAUUGGUUUCUUCUUCGGGUUCGGCAUCUUCUCCCAUGGCUUCGACAAGAUCAAAAACACCUUGCACUCCUAGCUAGAAUAUUGAUGAGACCACCUUCGUCCCUGCUCCAGCCUUCACAUGAAAGUUUUUAAGACACACAGAGAGACAAAAGCUGCCACCCAACACAUGAAUUAAAAACCUCCAUCUCCUUUCCGUUCUCCCCUCAGCGACCUGCUCCCCAACAGCUGCUUCCUGCUUACCUUCGAUUGUCGAUUCCCAGAUACUGGUUUCAUGUAGUGGUGGGGAAUCCUUGCUUCUGUAAUGGAAUGUUCAUAUAGAUAGCAAAAUAAGUUUUCGGUCAUUCAGCUGGUUUGGCACGUUGUCGAUUGAUGGCUUCAAGGUCUAUCUCCAUCCCAGAGAAACAAUUGAAGCUACCUAGCAAUCACAAAGCAGACCUAAAUAUUCAUGCUACUAAACAUGGUCCAUCAAAAAGACCACCGGCCGUUGCAGACAACACAAUCGAUCAUGUUGAGAUACAAGUUUCCGAAGUAUCUCUUGUUCCUGCUGCAGACAAGGUUCCAUCCAUGGCUGUCCUCUCAUUAGAAAUUAAUGAUGCACCUUCAACUUGUAGUAAUAACCGAUCAAAAGAUCUUGCAGCUUUAGUAGAGCCAAACAUGUUCAUGAUCUUGGAAUGUAAUGGAGACCAAAGAAACAGCCGGGAAUACAGUACAAGUGAGGAUUUAACAAAGACCGUCGGAAGUGCUAAGCCUAAUGACAAAACAGAUGCUACUGAGAACAGAAAAAGUAGCUCGGGCAAGCCCAGCACAAGCAUUAACAGUGAUGAGAGUUCACACAGUAGCUUGAGUUGUAGCCUCAGCAAACCCCAUAAGGCAAAUGAUUUGAGGUGGGAAGCAAUUCAAACUGUGCGUGCUACAGCUACUGUUCUUGGUUUAAACCAUUUCAGGCUGUUAACAAAGUUGGGAUAUGGAGAUAUAGGCAGUGUCUAUCUGUCAGAACUGAUUGGGACAAAGAAUUAUUUCGCCAUGAAGGUCAUGGACAAGGAACACUUAACGAGUCGUAAGAAACUUCUAAGAGCUCAGACAGAGAGGGAGAUAUUACAAUGCUUGGACCAUCCCUUUCUUCCCACAUUGUAUUCACACUUCGAGACUGAAAAAUUCUCAUGUUUGGUGAUGGAGUUCUGUCCAGGGGGAGAUUUGCACACCUUACGGCAAAGGCAGCCUGAGAAACAUUUUUCUGAGCAAGCAACCAAAUUCUAUGUAGCGGAGGUCCUCCUUGCACUUGAAUACCUACACAUGCUCGGCGUCAUAUACCGCGACCUCAAGCCGGAAAACGUCCUGGUUAGGGAGGACGGGCACAUCAUGCUUUCCGACUUCGACCUUUCCCUCCAAUGUGCAUUUAGCCCAUCAUUGAUCAGAAAAUCCAACUUCAAAUCUGAAACAUCACGGAGGAACAACCUUGCCUGCAUCGAACCACCGACAUCGUGCGUCCAACCUUCUUGUAUUGCUCCGGCAACAUGCUUCGGACCUCGUUUCUUUUCCAAGUCCAAGAAGAGCCACAAAGUUAAAACUGACACAGGGAACCAGGUGACUCCCUUGCCAGAGCUUGUAGCAGAGCCCACAGAUGCUCGGUCUAUGUCCUUCGUCGGCACACAUGAGUAUUUAGCCCCAGAGAUCAUCAAGGGCGAGGGCCAUGGCAGUGCUGUCGAUUGGUGGACCUUUGGCAUCUUCUUGUAUGAGCUUUUGUUCGGUAAGACCCCGUUCAAGGGAUCGGGCAACAGGGCCACAUUGUUCAAUGUCGUAGGGCAGCCAUUGCGCUUCCCCGACUCCCCAAUGGUGAGCUUCUCUGCAAGGGACCUCAUAAGGAAGCUACUUGUGAAAGAGCCACAGUACAGGCUCGCAUACAAGCGUGGCUCUGCGGAAAUCAAGCAGCAUCCAUUCUUCGACGGCAUAAAUUGGGCAUUAAUACGGUGCGAAAGUCCCCCGGAAAUCCCAAGGCCUUUCGAUACUCGAAGGUUUUCACAGCCUUCGUCGUCAAGAAAAGAGAAGGCUGAACCUGCUAGCAUUAGCAAUGAGAAAGGGCCUGAUACCUCUCCUGAAUUCGAUUCCUUUUAGCAGUUCCUCACUUUUUGACUUGAGUUAUUUUGGUUUAAUCGCCCAUUCUGAUUUAUGAAAAAAAUUAACAAUAUAUUGAAUGAAUGAAAUCAUUCGAUAAUUCUCAUCAA